CAUUGAGGAGGGAGUGUGGCCUGUGUUUCUGGUCCCCCCUCCUUCGGCCCUUUCAUUUUACUCUUAUCGCACUUUCCAGAAAGUUUGCUGACUGGGAGCGUCUUCUUGACGAUUUCCCAUGUGUCAGAUAGAUAGCUCCAUAGAAUUCAGCUUCUGAGAACCAGCCAGAAGCAUGCAGUGACAUUGCAUAACCUGCCUCUGAAGCCGGAGAUAGCCGUGGAGCUCAGCGCAGCUGGGUCACAUACUGACAUGAGGGGAACGAGCAUCAGGGAUGGAGGACCCAAGACACUGUUGGCCAGGGCUCUUUAUGACAACCAUCCUGACUGCUCCGAUGAGCUGGCCUUCUCCAGAGGAGACAUCCUGACCAUUCUGGAGCAAAAUGUGCCGGAAAGCGAGGGCUGGUGGAAGUGUCGGCUGCAUGGAAGGCAGGGCCUGGCCCCUGCCAACCGCCUCCAAAUCCUCACAGAGGCCCCUGAGGAUAGAUCCUGUCCCCCAUUCCCAGGAGGCUUGGAAAAAACCAUCACCAACUCAGAGGAGACCUACCAGGUGCCCACAGUGCUGCCCACUCCACCCCCAGGCCCUGUGUAUGAGCCGAUGAAGAGCUGGGUGGAGGAGCCUCUGCCACCUGCUGCCCAAGUCUACGAGUUCCCUGACCCACCUCCCACUGCCAGAAUCGUCUGUGAAAAGACUUUAAGCUUUCCAAAACAGACCCUCUUUGCGCUUCCCAGACCUUCGAGGGCCUCGCUGCCAGCUCUGCCUUCCCAGGUGUACGACGUGCCCGUGCAGAGCCGGGUUCCCUCAGCCCUUAAGGAGCCGGAGAAGCAGCAGUUAUAUGACAUACCGCCCAGUCCCCAAAAGGCAGCACUCCACCUUCCAGCCAGCCAAGCAGGCGACAUUCCUCUGAAACCAGCCUUUGGAAGAGAGGGCUACAGCACAUUGCCAAACCCUCAGAAAUCAGAAUGGAUUUAUGACACUCCAGUGUCUCUGGGCAAGGCCAAUGUCAGAAAUGCAUCUCUAGCCAGCUUCGCGGAAGAAGCAGGGCCAAAUGCUGUCCCCAGUUCGAGCUCUACUUUCCACAGACCUCCAGAUACCAAAGUCAGGAUCCUCCCUUCACAGCCAGGUAAAAAGGUGCCCACGAAGAAGAAUCCCAGCCUUUCAGAUGUCCCUUCCUACACCAUCCUAGUGCCCAGGAACACACUCUCUUCAGAUGCAGGCGCCAGCUACAAGGUGCCUUCCAGCUUUCUGAUUCCCCGAGUGGAGCAGCAGAACACCAAGCCCAAUAUUUAUGACAUCCCUAAAGCAAAGCCAAGUGCAUCCCAGGCAGGGAAAGAACUAGGAAAAGCCAAGGAGGCUCCAGAGAACCCCCGGGGCCACAAUUCCUUCGAGUUCUCCAGACGAAAAACUUCCCUAUCUCCAGAACCGGACAGGUCAUCCAUUGCCAGCUCGGACAGCAGAGCCAGUGUGGUUUCUUCCUGCUCCUCCAUGUCAACUGACUCCUCCUCUAGCUCCUCCUUGGAGGAGUCAGCCAAGGAGCUCUCCCUGGAUCUGCACUUAGCCAAAGAGACAGCAAUGAGCCUACAGCACAAAGUGGUCAGCUCUGCAGCAAGCCUGCUGCUCUUUGUAAGUAGGAAGUGGAGGUUCAGAGACUCUCUGGAGGCCAACAUUGAUGGGAUCCACAGGGCUGCUGACCACAUAGAAGGAGCUUUAAAAGAAUUUCUGGAUUUUGCCCGAGGAGUUUAUGGGUCUACCUGCAACGUCACUGACAGUCAUCUUAGGGCCAGAAUUCGAGAUCAGUUACAGACAAUCUCCAAUUCCUACCAGAUCCUGCUAGAAGCAAAGGAAAACCUGGACAGCUGCAAUUGGUCCCUCGAAGUUCUUGUGACAGACAAAGUUCAGAACAGCCUCGAUGACCUUGAGAGGUUUGUCAUGGUGGCACGGAUGGUUCCGGAAGAUGUCAAGAGAUUUUCCUCCAUUGUCAUUGCCAAUGGGAGGCUGCUCUUUAAGCAGAAUUGUGAAAAAGAAGAGACCAUCCAGUUGUCCUCAAAUGCAGAAUUUACGUGUAAAAAAUGCAUCCAGCUUCCACAAAGAGAAGUAGAAUCAUACCAAAAGAGUACUCCUUUUAAUAAAGCAAGGGAAAACUACCAUUCCCCUGAAGUACUUAAGAAAAAUGGGACAAGUGCCUCUGAACAGGCAUUACCUAACCUAGAAGAAAAAGAAACACGCAUCUUGGCAGGAAAGUUAGAAGAAGACAAAGACUUAGAUACAAUGAAUCCUGGCUCUCUUGUAGCCCAGCCUUUGACUCAGCAGAACCCAGGUGGGAAAGUGCACCUCUCUGAACACUGCCGUCUCUAUUUUGGGGCACUCUUCAAAGCCAUCAGUGUAUUCCACAGCAGCCUCAGCAACAGCCAGCCUCCAGAGAUCUUUAUCACUCAGAGCAAGCUGGUCAUCAUGGUGGGGCAGAAGCUGGUGGACACUCUGUGCAAGGAGACCCAGGAGAAGGAUGUGCGUAACGAGAUCCUCUGCAGCAGCAGCCACCUUUGUGGGCUGCUGAAGGACCUGGCGCUGGCCACCAAGAAUGCAGUUCUCAAGUACCCGAGCCCUGCAGCCCUGGGGCACCUCCAGGCUGAGGCCAAGAAGCUGGAGCAUCACACACGACAAUUCAGAGGGACGUUGGAUUGAGGCACUGCCGCCUCCUCCCUCAGGUUACUUCUUAGCUUCUCAGCACAACCUGGGCAGCUCUGUCCCCUGGGGAACGCUGCAGAGCAUACAGGAUGGGCCACAGCAGCCACUGUGCCCAGAGCCUGUAGUACAAGCAGCCGUGCAACUCUAGGACACUGGCUUACCCCCAGUGGGCAGGAAAGAGAGCCAGGCAUUAUGUAAGGACCUUAUGAGGAGGACGUGCCAUCUAGGGUAUGCAAAGUCACUGUUGGAAGUAACAACGAAGAAAUCAUUUCUAUGUUGGUUAAACAUGUAUGUGGUUUACAUUCAUUCAUUCAGCACUUAUUUAUUGGGCACUAACUAUAUGUCAAGUUCUAAGGCUAGAGACACAGCAGUUUCUCAGCAGCCAUGCCCUCAUGAACUCACAGUCCAGACAAUAAAAUGAUUAAGAAAUGCAUCUAUAAUAAAUCAGAGGCAGGGAGAAAAUACAGUCCAAGGAAGAGAAGGGAGCUCAGUUUCAAAAGAUACAUUUCUGUUGCAUCCAUUAGAAAAUGUAAUUUUUAAAAAAUUUUGGAUUGAAUUAAUUCCGUGAGAUUGGUACAAGUUGUGGAUGUUUCUUGCACCAAAACUAUAUAUAUUUUUUGCUGUUUUCUUACUGUGGUUAAAGAUGCAUGGUAUAUUCUUGCCACACCUGUUCUGUUGUGUUCCCUAUUAACUUAUUUUGUAUAUUGUAGAUUCUGUAUUGAGAAGUUCUACUGCUCAAUUAGAAAAAAAAAAGUUUAUAUUUCAACAGUUGCAACUCUGCAACCGUUUAUAAUAAUAUUUAAAUAUAACCAUGAAUUGAAGCAUCAUUUUCAGCAAUCCUUUGCAAGCCUUUGGUCCACACUGCCUGAGUUCUGGUCCCAAAGUCAAGCCCUUGAUGUUUAUUUUUGGCCUUCAAAUGCUUCUCACUGAAGUCUAUAGGCAGAUGCUGUAGAGGCCAUGUUUUAUGCGUCAGAUCAGCAUGUGGCACAAAGCCAUCACCUGUGGGGUGCAGACAGGAAGGUGUGGUGUGGACAGGAUACCCAUCGCUGGGCACAGACAUGGAAAUGACACUGAGCUCUCCUCCCGUCAAACCACCUCCUCUUCCACCCCUUGCAGCAGAGGCUUUCUGCUCAGGUUUCUACGGUUACAUAAUCCUGUCCAUCCCAGGGACGGUCUGUGGUUGUCAUAUGUGUCUCAGCCACAUAAAUACCUCUGUAGCCUGAAAUCAGCAUCUCCAGCUGGGUCCCCUGCAGGGGAACAAGGUCCAGUGGCCACCCACUCUUCUGUCCUUGGUGGGCAUGUUAAGACAUUGGUUGUAGAAAGCUGACUGUUUUAUUGAGUUAGUUUCUGGAUCCUAAAAAAAGAAGACUCUCUCCUUUGUGAGACUUGUCUCUACAGCUGAACAGAGAGACCCUAGAGGGCCACAUUCUUUGAACAGCAGAAUCUUCAUCAAUUGGGAUUGAAGUCAGUUUUUUCACCACUAUCCCCAUAAGACCUGACAAGAACAAUUAGAAGAAGAAAAGUUUCUUUGGGGACUCACAGUUUCAGAAAUCUCAGUCCAUAGAAGGCCAGCUCCAUUCCUCAGGGCUUGAGAUGAGGCAGAACAUCACAGCAGAAGAGUGUGGCAGAGGGAAGCAGCUCAGGUCAUGGAACCAAGAAGCAGAGGGAAAGCUCUGCUCAACAAGGACAAAAUAUAUACCCCAAAGGCAUGCCCCCAGGGACCCACCUCCUCCAGCCAAAGUCUUCCUGCUGCAGUUACCACCCAGUUAAUCCCUUCCAGGGGAUUAAUACACCUAAUAAGUUAAGGCUGUCAUGACCCAAUCACUUCACCUCUGAACUUACUUGAUUUGUCUCACAUAUAAACUUUUGGGGGACACCUAAUAACUAAACCAUAACAGGGAUUCUAUUUCUAGUGUUGGAAAACCAUAUCUAGUUUGUCUUAAACAAUAGAGGAAAUUUAUUGACUCAAGUAUCUUAAAACAAUUUGGGGCAGAAUAGCUGCACAGCCAUUCAAGGGUGGGAGCAGAAUUAGGCAAGUCUAGGUAAAGUUAAUCCUGUAUUAUAGUCUUGGACAAAACAUUUCCCAAUGUUCAAUGUCUCUACAUGCAGAACAGAGUAGAAUCUGACCCAAAGGUUAAGGCAGUGAAGAGGACAGACCGGUAAGAGAUUGCUCCUGUUCUAGUCAUCUGCAGGUCCAUGAGAAGAGCUAGUAUUCUUCUUCAUGUCCCUGAAGAGUAACCUAGGCAACUGUUAUUAUUACAACCCACACACCAGAGGUGUGAUCUACAGCAAAACCAACAGGGGACUAAAAAUGUACUGCCCAGCUCUGUGGCCUCCCAAAUUAGUGACUUUUUAAAGUCAAGUAAGAAUAGUGAAGCUAAAAGAUUUAUUUAGGGUUUCUAUGAGGAGCAAAGGGAAAGUUCUUUAUGGAGCUCUCCUUUGGCCUCCAUAAGCCUUACCUACCUAUGGUUACCACCAAUUUAAUCCAUAUCAGUGUAAUAAUCCACUAUUAGGUUACAGCUCUCAUAAGCAAGUCAUUUCAUCUCUGAACAUUCUUGCUUUGUCUUGCAUGUGAACUUUUGGGGAUGCCUCAUGUCUAAACCAUAAUACCAGUUGGCUUGCCUUGAUUCCACAAAAGACAUGAGAUUCUGGUAUCAAAGACUGUGUCAUUGGUCCCCAACAUGACUUCAGGCCCAAUGAGUCAUGAGGAGGACUUACAGAAUGCAGAAUAGGGUUUACUCAUAGCUCUGAAUUUUUUCAGUAAAAGGACAGAUAGUAAAAUCAGCAAAAAGAAGAGGGUACCAGGGUGAAAUGUAGGGGGACAGACACAAGCUCCUAGAGUCCUCUCCUAGUGCAAUGACAAGGGACACACUUGAUUCCCCCCCCCAUGAGCUGUGACAUCAUUGUGAGGAGUCUCCAACCUGGGAAGCUUGUGAGAGCCACAGCACCCAGUGUCAUUAUUGGGCGCUGACCACAUAGGCAUCUCUUCCUGACGCGUACCUGAUUUCCAAACUCUCAGAAGGAAAGCAGAUGUUCAGCACAAACCAUGCUUGUCUGUGUUAGAGUCUGUAAACAAGUCAGGAUGGCGCCUGGUAUUUUGCCAGGGGGAAUGGUUAAUGUUAAGGUCUGUAAACAAGUCUGGAUGGCGCCUGGCAAAAUGCCAGAGGGAGUGGUUUGUGAAGUAAUGCCAGCUCCAGCGAGCCAUUAAGUGUGGAGAUUCCUUAUUGGUUGACUGCUGUAUCUAGUUUAUGUUAAUUAAGAUAAGCUGUGUGGAAUGUAUAAAUACCUCUGUUGUCCUACAAUAAAGGGCUCCCACUCCUGCUGUA